AUAUCAAACUGUUAUACAUCGUUUUGUACGCAGCGGAAUUUUUAUCGGAUCAUGGCACCGAAGACCAGCGGGAAGGCGGCGAAGAAAGCCGGCAAGGCACAGAAGAACAUCUCGAAGGGCGAUAAGAAAAAAAAGAAGAAGAGGAAGGAGAGCUAUGCCAUUUACAUCUACAAAGUGCUGAAGCAAGUCCACCCGGACACUGGAAUCUCCAGCAAGGCAAUGAGCAUAAUGAACAGCUUCGUUAACGACAUCUUUGAACGUAUUGCUGCAGAGGCCUCUCGACUCGCUCACUACAACAAGAGAUCUACCAUCACAUCUCGGGAAAUUCAAACCGCCGUUCGACUGUUACUACCAGGAGAAUUGGCGAAGCACGCUGUGAGUGAGGGUACUAAAGCCGUCACCAAAUAUACCAGCUCUAAGUGAGCUCAUCAGCAAAAAAAAAAAAAAAUCAACGGCCCUUUUCAGGGCCACCACAAGUCUCACUGCAAAAUGUUCGAUACUCGA